CCGAUAAUGGAGAACCAAAAACCGGUAUUGCAUAUUCUCGUAGUAGGAUUUCAUCACAAAAAAGGCUGUCAGGUGGAAUUUUCAUACCCACCGCUGGUCGGUGGAACCGAAGGCAAGAGUGAGUGCCCAUCCGGUUGGAAGUAUUUGCCCACACUCGCUCUACCCGAUGGGUCACACAAUUUUAACAGCGAUUUCGUGUGCUUUAACCUACCGAGCCUAACCGAUCCACAACAGUCCAUAUAUGGCAUAUCGUGCUACAGGCAGAUAGCACUGGAGGAGGUCAAAAUUCGCACCGCAGAUCUGACCCGCAGCACCGUGCAAAAAUCGGUUUGCACGCUUCUCUCGCUCCCAAUCUAUGGUUACGUCGAGGUAAAGCUGUCGCUAAUAGCGCAAGCAUUUUUCGAACAGGGUGACUUUUCCUCCACCGAGAUUUUGGUGAAGGCGUACGAACAGCUGAAUGCCUGCCUAACGUCUUUAGAGCCACAGGAAAUAGCUCCAACGCGAUUACAUUUUGUCGGAGUGCCGCUGCGCGAUUUGCUUCUCAAAUGGCGCCACAAAAUUUUAAUAUUAUUUAAGUUAUUACUGCUUCAAAAACGCGUCGUAUGCUUUGGAUCACCAGUUCACCCAACGUGUGCCUUGAUCCUUGGCAUAACUUCACUUCAUCCGGAGCUGAUCAGCAAAGGUUUCCAACAGGUGGCAUGCGUAAAGACAUCUCGACCGAUGUCUCCGAUGCCUACUUUCGGUACACCGGUCGAAGAGCAAGGACACCGUAUUGAUGCGUCGUCUAUAAAUGCAAUUACAUCUAUUGCGGAACCUCACUUUGCUCCCAGCGCCUUACCCACGGUUGUAUUAGAAUUAAACAGAGGCCAUGAUCAUCAAGAAAUGGUGUACGGGCGAGAAGCAGACGAGCUGAAUGAUAUCGAUGCGCGUAGUAUUGCUAGCGCAAAGGAAGCGCAUGUGGAUGAAACAUCUUCCAGUCCCUCAUCGGCUUCCUCAAUGGAAACGGCUGCAGCCGGCACCACUGCACAAACGCAUGCCAUCGAUCCAGCUCCCGCAUUACUGCGAGAAACGAGCGUCGACACGAUAGCAUCGAAUUUUUCUAGUCUAUACGCAAUCGAGCCCUCCGAAUGGGGUGCUCCAUUGCGCAUUUUUCACGAGGGCCAGCUAUGUCUGCCGUACAUAUCGCUGCCAUACAUGGAUUUACUGACUGAUCCUUCCGUUAAAGGAUACAUCAUAGGGGCCUCUAAUGUGCUGUUCCAACACAAGCGCCAGCUUGCAGACGUUAUGAUCGAUGUUGAGGCACUCGCGAUUGACGUACUCGAUCCCGACACGAAACGCGAAAUUCAGCUGAGUACCGAAGAUUUACGUUUCGUUGAUUUUGUUGUAAGGCACGUUCAGAACCCAAAGGAGGAUGCCGAGGGCAGUGAGGCUUGGAUACGGGACCAAAUGUAUGGAUACAUGGUAGCGUUACUAAAAACAUCGUUCAAUUCGGAUGGUAGUAAAGAGAUUGAACAUUUUAACGCACAUUUUAUGGGCGCAUUUAAAGCGACUCGUUGCUACAGCGACUGGCGGGAACGAACCGGCGGUGGGGCUGUAACCGCUUUCGAUGGUUUGGUCGGUGGCCAUCCCUUUGCCGGCACACUCUCUGUUGCGGAUAUGAAGCUGCGUCUUGCACAGACGAUGCAAAACAGCGAAAGCGGACGCAAACUUAACCAGGCCGUCUCGAGUACGAGUCGAGCGGUUGGAGGUGCCCUGACAACGGCCAAGGGUGCCUUCUCCAGCUGGUGGACAUCGUUUACGGCUGCACCGCAGGGUGGACAGGUGGCACACGCGGAACAACACGGGCCAUUAAGCGAGACGGAGAUCCAGGAUGCAGGCGAGGAAGAUUCAAACAAUAAAGCAGCGGACGACGAGGCGGAUUACGAGACCCAGGACGAGGCAGUAGUGGCAUCGGAAGUAUCACCUCCAGCGAAGCAUGUCAUAGUGACCGCGGAAGUUUCUUCGCUUCCGGUCAAUAAUAGUGUGAUCGAAAUAGGAAGAGAAGCAGAGCUACUGGACCGGGGUGCCGCGAACGCACGACCAAUCGCUCAGACAUUCCUUGGCGUUCUUUCUGAAUGUAACGUCGACCGUGAUGAUCCAUCUAUUAACUAG